CGAUUUGUUGCUAAACAAUUUAAUUUAGCUGGUCGUGAUAAUCUCGAGCAAGCUAAGGUUGACUCGGUUGUUGAUACAAUUGUUGAUCUGAUGGAAAAAAUUAUACCAGUAAUGUUGGAGAAAGAUGAACAAAAGAAACAAAAAGGCUUGGAAACAUUUCAACAAGAAGAUUUACCAAAGCAAUUACAAAAUUUGGAAACAUUAUUAACAAAUUAUGGUCAAACAGGUUUAGUCAAAAUACAAGAUUUCUUAGACAAAUAUCCAAAAUUAAAACGUAAUCAAGAUGAAGUUCAAAAUCAACCAAGAAUUGCUGCUUAUUUAAAAGCUAGACCACAAACAUUAUUUUAA